AUGGACGUUCUUGAUGGCGUUCCUCGAUCGGUGCUCGGUUACCCGGUGAAGACGCGCACGCAGCUCGUGGUGACGUUUCUCGUGCCAGUGAUCUUCGAACUGAUGGUGUACAUCGUGCUGAUGACAGCCGACAUUCUGGUGGCCAUGGAACACUUUAAUAACGGCAACACGUCAUGGGGUUGGUUCACACUUUCCCUCAUCUGUUUACCGUCUAUCGUGUGCUUCUGUUCCAUCAUAUCGAACCCGGAACGAUGGCCCGAAGAGAUCGGGUUUGAUCAACGUACAGGGUGGUUUUUGUUUCACAACUUCGCCAUCCUGGUGUUCUUCCCAUUGGCCGCUCUCUACCGCUUCAACAGGCGCAUCUUCUGGAGCAUCGAGGCACUGUUCCACGACAAAAACACCUACGGACGGGCUCAAUCCGUGGCUAAAAUAGUAGAAACGUCACCCUGCGAGUUGUAUCACUUUCUGCAGGCCUUCCUGCAGGCGGCACCCCAGAUGAUGCUCCAACUGUACAUUCUGCUGCGUGAUGGCAUGUUCCGGAAUUACGACACGGUCACGGUGCAGGUGAUAAGUGUCGUGUUCUCGUUUCUAACGAUGGCCACCAUCAUCACCACGUACCAGCGUUUCGAGAGCCAAAAGAUCGUCGGUCGUUGUUACCCCUGGAGUACACCCGAGCAGACCACAACGAGACGGAAGGAACUGCUUCGAACGACGAGCACUGCGGAGUCGACAUUGGUCAUGCGUACACCAUCCAUCGCUCCUGAGGCGGACCCGAUCGUGCCAAACAUCAUGCGCAACUUUUACUCCAAAUACGGCAGUGAUGUUGAUCCGGACUCGAUCGAACCCUCCGAAAUCCUACCGGAAGACAUCUCCCGAAAGACCCUAAACGUCGACGUGGUGAACUUUAACCGGCAGCAAUCGAAAGGAUACCGCGAUCCGUACGUGAACUUCACCGACGACGACAAGCUGGAGAUCUCCGAACCGGACAGGGUCGAUGCUAAAGGCACUGUCUCCGCUCGAAGCGUUAGCUUUAAGCUACGAGACACCGUGGACGAGCUGAAAGAGAUGGACAACUAUCUGCGAAGUGUGGAGGACUUGCGGAAUUACACCGACGAUAGUGACGACGAGUACCUGAAGCCGGACAACUUCGACGCGAUCCCCAAAAAACUGCCCCCACCAACACCGGAAGCGAACACCGGCGUCCUGCACCGGGUGUCCAUAUUCCGUAACAUGCUCCUGCACAAUGCGGAAACCUUUCUGAAGGAAAACGUACCGAGACUGCCCGAGCGCAUGUUUCAUGAAAAGCAUCACGAAAAGCAGACAGAACAGAAGCAAACACCAGCACCGGAUACGAUCGAUGGAGUUGCGUUAUCGCUGCCAUCACGUCGACGAAUGAUCGUUGGGCUCGAACAGGACGACAUGGUUGGCAAGUCGGUGUUGUUCACCGGUUGGGUGAUGUUCCUGCUGAUGCGCAUGCUGGCCCUGUCGACGUUUUACGUGUUCUUUCCGCUGUACUUCUGGAUGCUGUUCGUUAAUCACUACCUCCUCAUGAUCGCUUGCAUCGUGUACGAGGUGCGCUUGCACGAGAAACUUGAGCGAUACUUCUUCUACGCGUUUCUCGCGUACAUGUACGUGUUUUCGCUGCUGGAGUUUAAAAUCCGCUUCAUACACGUGCGCUGGUGGUACAUCGGUUACGUCGGCAUUGUACUGCUGGAGAAUGUGGCCAUGCUGGUGGUGUGGUUCAAUCUGGGUGCGUUCGAGUCCUGGUGGUUUUACUUCCUGCAUCACACGAUCAUCGUGAGCGGUGUGUUCAGUGUGAUGUGCUUCCUGUUUUACUAUGCGUUCCUGCGUCCCAAGGAUAAGGUGCUGUUUGUUAACGAAGACCCGUAA